GCAGCCCCGGCUGCGGGUCGCGACGGCGGCGGGGCGCCCCCUCCCCCGUGCCGGGGCGCGGCGGAGGGAUGUGGGGCUUUGCGGGAGGAAGGCUUUUCGGCAUUUUCUCGGCCCCAGUGCUGGUGGCGGUGGUGUGCUGCGCCCAGAGCGUGAACGAUCCCGGGAACAUGUCCUUUGUGAAGGAGACGGUGGACAAGCUGUUGAAAGGCUACGACAUUCGCCUAAGACCCGACUUCGGGGGUCCCCCCGUCUGCGUGGGAAUGAACAUCGACAUCGCCAGCAUAGACAUGGUUUCCGAAGUCAACAUG